CAAGAACAAGGAGGUUGCUGCUGGCAGUGCCAGGCCAAUGUGUGUGUGUGUUUAUCUGGAGGAGUGUCUGUGUGCUGAACACAGCCACCUUGUGUGGUACUUGCACUUGUUGGUCCCACUUGCCAGCACUGAUAGCCACCUGCCUCAAGAUGACUCAGUCCUGGAGGUUACUUUGUGCGGCAGCUCUAACCUUGGUUGCCAUGUCGGUGGCGGUCCCUGAAGGAGAGAUUGUGGACCCACAGGACCCUGAGGUCCAGGCUUGUGCCUCGUUUGCCCUCGAAUCGCUCAGCUUCCGUGACAAGGCCCAUCAAUACAGCAUCAGAAGGGUGAUCUCUGUCAGCAAGGCGCCCAUUGGUGGGGGCCAGUAUGACAUGGAUGUUGAGGUGAAGAAGAUUCCGUGUGGCCCAGAAGGAGUUGACGCCUGCACUCCUGGCUCAGCAAAUGGACAGACUUUGCAUUGUAAGUUUGUGGUUCUGACUGCUCCGUGGAAGCAUCAGCGUGUUCUCUUAAGCAGCUCUUGCAGUGAUGAGUCUCAGAGUUAAACUGCAGAGAUUCCCCAGAGAGCCCAGCCCAGCCCCGACUUCACCUCUGCAUGACAUGUUAAUGUGUUAUAAAAGAUAAUAAAGUUUAAAAGAACAAUAUUACUUACAAUAUUACUACAAUAUUACUACAUGAUUUGAUUAAGCAAAGGUUGACCACUGGUCUGUGAACAUGUAAACAUCAAAUAAACUGUGUUGACAGUUAAA